AUGAUAGUGUUCUUGGUGUCUUGCUGUAAAAGGAAGAAGCGAAAGCCUCAUGAUCAAAUGCAAUACUACAGGGACAAUUCUCAGGGAAACAAAGGUGGUGGAUACUAUAACAAUGGACAACAAGAGAGCUGGCACCACCACAACCAAUCCUUCCACCACAAUGUUAAUCUGCCUCCACCACCAGGUAAUGCUGGAAUAAGUUCAAACCACGGUUGGCCAGCGGCGGCGCCACCACCACCACCACCAGGGAUGAACAGCAGUGAAAUGAACUCCACCGGUUACUCUGGCCCACACCAUGCCUCCUUGCCACCACCCCACCCAGGCCUAGCCUUAGGGUUCAACCAGAGCUCUUUCACCUACGACGACCUAGCAGCCGCCACCGGAGGAUUCUCCCGUGGCAACCUAUUGGGACAAGGUGGGUUUGGAUAUGUUCACAAAGGGGUGUUGCCAAAUGGGAAAGAAGUGGCUGUGAAGAGUCUCAAAAAUGGUAGUGGGCAAGGAGAGAGAGAAUUUCAGGCGGAGGUUGAUAUUAUCAGCCGUGUCCACCACCGUCACCUUGUGUCUUUGGUUGGCUAUUGUAUUGCUGGCUCUCAAAGAAUGUUGGUUUAUGAAUUUGUUCCCAACAAUACACUUGAAUUCCACCUGCAUGGAGCCGGUCGACCAACUAUGGAUUGGCCUACAAGGCUCCGGAUUGCACUAGGAUCAGCCAAAGGGUUUGCUUACCUUCAUGAAGAUUGUCACCCUCGCAUUAUCCACCGAGACAUCAAAACUGCGAAUAUUUUAAUUGACUUGAGUUUCGAAGCUAAGGUGGCAGAUUUUGGAUUGGCAAAGCUUUCUUCGGACAACUACACUCAUGUGUCAACAAGAAUCAUGGGAACCUUUGGGUACUUGGCACCUGAGUACGCAUCAAGUGGCAAGCUAACUGAGAAAUCUGAUGUUUAUUCAUAUGGAAUUAUGCUACUGGAACUGAUAACUGGACGACGCCCCGUGGAUGUCAGCAGCGACGAUGAUAGCUUAGUUGAUUGGGCUAGGCCGAUUCUAACGCAUGUAACAGAGGGUGGAAGCUACGAAGAGCUGGUGGAUCCACGGUUAGAGAACAACUAUGAUCCCCAAGAGAUGCUACGCAUGGUGUCAUGCGCUACUGCUUGCAUUAGGCAUUCUGCUAGGAGACGCCCCAAAAUGAGCCAGAUUGUCCGUGCUUUGGAAGGCGAUAUGUCGUUGGAUGCCUUAAACGAGGGAGUGAAACCAGGCCAUGGUGCAAUGUCCAGCUAUGGUGGCAGUUCUGAGUAUGAUGGAGGUUCAUACCACUCGGAGAUGAAGAAGUUCAGGAAAACCGGCCUGUCAAGCCAGGAGUUCACGAGCAGCGAGCAUGGCACCACCGGUGAGUUCGCCACCACUCCCGGCGGCGAAUCACAAGAACUGCGCCGUUUGCGCAGCCCUUGAUCGAGCAAAGCUCGGCAACUUCCAUGAUUAAAAAGCUGACGAGGUCAUCUACAUGUGUUUAUGAUGGUUUAAUGUUGACACGUACAGUCUCAAUCGGCUCGUAUAGGAGGGUGCACGGUGUAAUUCAAUUGUUGUACGGCCAACAAUUUGCUUAGAUUGAGGAGAUGCGGUGAGGGCAAUUGCCUGGAUAACUCAUGCACAGUAACUGAUUGCCAA